AUGAAGCGCACUGCAGAGGCUUACCUUCUACACCUCAAAUGCUCUGGCUUCGUUUAUUACUGCCAGAACACAAACGAGGACUGGGAUGGGAACACUCCACCUGAGGGGGCCUUCCGGUUUUCGUACCUGCUUCGCUCUAGUCCCCGCUCCAGCUCCUGCUCCAACCCUGCCGGGUUCCAGCUCGGCGGCUCCACGUCCCGGCCCCGGUUUCACGUCCCGGCCCCGGUUUCACGUCCCGGCCCCGGUUUCACGUCCCGGCCCCGGCUUCACUCCACGUCCCGGCCCCGGCUCCACGUCCCGACCCCGGCUCCACGUCCCGACCCCGGCUCCACGUCCGCCCGGCUCCACGUCCCCGACCCCGGCUCCACGUCCCAGCCCUGGCUCCACGUCCCGACCCCGGCUCCACGUCCCAGCCCUGGCUCCACGCCCCGGCCCCGGCUCCACGUCCCAGCUCCUGCCUUUCCUACGGUCCCUCUCCCUCCCUGGUUGUUUUUUGGACGUCUGGGAUCCGUCCCUUGA